AAAAGGAACCCCAGACUUCGAGGAAGGUGAAGAAGAAGAAGAAGGUCAGAGUACUUGAUGUGACUGAUCUAAAGAUAGUUGGCAAAGGAGCCAAAGGAGGAGCAAAUGCAAAACCCCAGAGAAGUUUAGUAAGAGGGGGGAACAAGUGAUUGAGCCUUCAGGGUGAAUAACAAGUCAUGCAAGAACAAGAGUUAAGCCGGACAAGAGAGCACUGUUCAGCACAAGAGAGAGAGGGCGAGGGUAGGCUGCAGAAGCAGAGAUAAGCAGUCCACAGCAAAAUUAGUCUACAGAGAAAGAGGGGUUGACACCGGACUGAAGGGAGAUCAAGGUUGACUCAAGUCUUUGCUGCCUCUAACCUGAUUAGGGAGAAUAGUAGCGGCAGUGGAGGCGAGCCGGGAGACCCGAUCAACCGAAAGUGAGAGCCGGCAAGAGUAAAAAGAAAAAGAAUUACAAGAGGACGCUCGGUGAAAGAAGCCUCUUAAAUCUGGGAGCUGGAAUUAGAGCCGUAGGAACUGCAGAGGGAAAGCCACAAAACCACAGUGAAGAUGCCCACAAAUGGGAACCGUCCUUUGAAGCUGCAGUUUGGUCUAAUCAAUCACGAGGGUCGCUACCUUACUGCUGAGACCUUUGGCUUUAAGGUGAAUGCAUCAGCUCCCAGUCUGAAGAAAAAGCAGAUAUGGACUCUAGAGCAGGACUCCCAGGACAGCCAGGUGGUCUAUUUACGCAGUCACCUGGGACGUUACCUGGCCUCCAACAAGGACGGCAAAGUCACCUGUGAGGCAGAUGGCCACAAUUCAGACUGCCGCUUCCUCAUCGUGGCUCAGUCAGAUGGUCGCUGGGCGCUGCAGUCUGAGCAGUACCUCCGCUUCUUUGGCGGCUCUCGGGACUACCUGUCCUGCUUUGCCCAGGUGAUCACAGAUGCAGAGCUGUGGGCAGUGCACCUGGCUCUGCAUCCCCAGGCCAACCUGCUGUCUGUGGCCCGUAAGCGUUAUGCCCACCUCUCUAUGGAGGAUGGGGAAAUUGCUGUGGAUCUGAACAUUCCCUGGGGUGUGGCAGCGCUCCUGACCCUUGUCUACCAGGAAGGAAAGUAUUGCCUAAAGACCUGUGACAGCCGGUUCCUCGGCAAUGAUGGAAAGCUCUUAAUGGAGAGUGGGAGAGCCACAGCAUACACGUUGGAGCUGAAGUGUGGGAAGCUGGCCUUCAAAGACUGUGAGGGGAAGUAUUUGUCUCCCAUGGGUCCUACAGGGACCCUGAGGUCCGGACGAUGUUCAAAGCCAGGCAAAGAUGAACUAUUUGACCUGGAGGAGAGCCACCCUCAAGUAGUUCUGACAGCAGCCAAUGGGCGAUAUGUCUCCAUAAGACAAGGAGUGAGCCUUGCAGCCAAUCAGGAAGAUGAGACAGACAUGGAGACGUUUCAGAUGGAGAUUGACAAGGAAACCAAGAAGUGCACGUUCCGCACCAGCCAAGGGAACUGCUGGGCUCUGGUGGCUCAUGGAGGCGUCCAGUGUACUGCAACUGAAGUGUCAGCAAACACCAUGUUCUCAGUGGAGUGGCUUGGCCACAAGGUGGCACUAAAAGCCAGCAAUGGCAAAUACAUCUGUACCAAGAAAAACGGCCAGUUAGUCGCUGUCAGUGACUCCAUCGGGGAUGAUGAACAGUUCACUCUGAAACUCAUCAACCGACCCAUGCUUAUCCUUAGAGGAGAGAAUGGAUUCAUCUGCCACCACAGAAACUCGAACACACUGGAUGCCAGCAGAUCUGUCUAUGACAUUUUCACUCUGCAAUUCAGCAAUGGAGCCUACCAUAUUAAAGGUGCUGAUGGCCGGUUCUGGUACGUGAACAGUGCCGGGCUGGUGUGUUCAGAUGGCGAAGCCCCUGAGGAUUUCACUCUGGAGCUCCUUGAGCACGGUCGUCUCGCCAUCCGUGGCAAGAAUGGCAAAUACCUGCGUGGAGACCAGGGAGGCACACUUAAGGGAGAUGGACUCAGUCUGAGCAACUCAGCCCUCUGGGAGUACUAAUACAAACCAAUAUUAGUCCAAACCUGAGUCCUAGCUCAUCUCAUUGUUGGCAUUAAGUGCUUAAUGUGAAUCUAAAUCACUGUUAUUCUUUUUCCUGUUGCAAAGAGCAUUCAGAGAGGCUCACAUAGCUAGGUGAGCAAAGACAGGACUGCAUAUAUGUAUAUUAGGCCAAGAGAAUCUCAAUGAAGUGAACAGUGUUUUGAGUGAGGAUUUUAACAAUUAGUGUUAAUGAACACUUAAUGUUUUCACAGAUUUAGUUAUUAGUAUGACAUAACAUAACAUAACAUAAAAUAACAUAACAUAACAUAACAACAUAACAUAAAAUAACAUAACAUAACAUAACAUAACAUAACAACAUAACAUAACAUAACAUAACAUAACAACAUAACAUAACAUAACAUAAAAUAACAUAACAUAACAUGACAUCCUUUAUGUAUAUUCAUCAUAUCAUCUUUGGUUCUGUGUAUAUCUUUUUUGCCUUUUUACCACUAAAAACAAGUAUUACAUGAGCAAGCCAGUAAAGUUGUAGUGUGGGCAUGUAAUGGUACCUUUCACUCAUUAGGUCAAGUGACACAGGGUGCCAUUUGAGACAGACGUAGUCACCAUUAGAGGUGAUGUCACCAUCUAGGCGGGUGAAGUCAUGCCUGGUACUACUGUCUGAGGUUAUUAGGAGAUGAGAGUGACAAGGUUUCAAAUAGUUGCCUGUAGGAACAGAGAAAGACUGUACCCAAGACUCGUGCUUGGAGUGUGUUUUCUUUUUCUUUUGUGAACACAGAGAUUUUUAAAAAUGCAUAUCUUGCAUUAUUUUGUUUAAGUAAAAAUGCUUUUAUCAAAAUAAAGGAACUAAGGAUAUCAUAAAAAGCUGAAAAUAUGCUUCCUUCCCAUUAAUGUCACAAAAUUAGCAGUACUACAUCUUGUGAGCGUGCCAUAGGAGUUAAUAACACAAUGACCAUUUUCAAAGUGUUUCCUCGUGGAUUUAUGAUGGACAUUAUUUCAUUCUGACUACAUGUAAACAAUGCAGCUGGAAGCUUAUUAUCUACAUGCAACUUCUGUGUUAGCAGGGGAUUAUGAACUCACUCAAUAUACACUCGCCAGCCACAUCAUUAGGUACAUCUGAUCAAGUGCUAAAUAGCUGAAAUUAAGAAGUCAAAGACUGCACUUAACAUGUGUGUUUUGAAGAAGUCGGUUGAUUGGGGGGGCUGAUGAGGAGGAUGUGAAAGACCAACAGUUGGCAGAAAAUGACCUAAUCAGCCAAUCACAUGGCAGAAACUCAGUGCUUUCGGGCACACUAGACAACCUGCUGAAGUUCAAACUCAGCAUCAGAAUAAUAAAGAAAGGUAAUUGAAGCUACUUUGAACAUUGUAUGGUUAUCGGUGCCAGACAAGGUGGGAUCAGAGGAGAAACUCAUAGGAAACAGUAACUCAAAUAGCCAACUCGUUACAAACAAUGUAUGCAGAAGGGCAUCUCUGAACACCUCACAUGGUGAAGCAGAUGUACUAUGGUGGCAGAAGACAACACUGGGUGCCACUCCUGUCACCUACAAGCCAGAAACUGAAGCUACAAUGCAGACGGGCUCACCAAAAUUGGACGACAGAAGACAGGAAAAAUGUUGCCUGGUCUGAUGAGUCUUGAAUUCUCCUGUAUCAGUGGUUCAGACUGCUGUAUGGCCCCCAGAUCUCAAUUCAAUAUAACACCUUUAGGAUGUGGUGGAAUGGCAGAUUCACAUCAUGGAUGUGCAACCUGCAUAUCUGCAGCAAGUGUGUGAUGCUAUCAUAACUAUGGACCAGCACCUUGCUGAAUCUUUGCCACAAAGCUAUAAAGACAAUUCAAGGGUACCAUAACCCAGUACUAGCAAGUUAUACCUAAUAAAGUGGCUGGUCAGUCUAUAAUCAAGUUCACCACUGAUGUUUGAUAUUGUGGCCUGAGAGACAGAAUGUAUAAAAGUCAGAAAGUAGACUUUUGUUUUCUUGGGAGAUUCAUCUUUGUGGAGAUUUCAAGAUUUCGAGGGGUUAAACUGUUGAAUGUCUUAUAAUCAGCUCUUGCGUUUGCUGUUAAAAUCAUUUACAUUUUGUUGGAUCAAAUUUAGCAAUUUUGUUCUUCAUCAUCACCUACUAUUCUCAAAGCCGGUGCUGUGUUUGGAUGCACCUUGGCUGCCAUAGUGAAAGAGUUUGGCAGCAAGGAACAGAGCUCACCUGCUGCUGCUUUAGGCGUGUUGAGGUUAUUAGCUUUCACACAUCACACCACGAUGGCAGCAGAAAAUACCAUCAGUUUUUGCAACAGCAAUGGUUGCUGAAAUUAUGGCACAUUUGUCAGGUGCUUACUGGCUUUCUCCUCCUAAAUAUCCUUCUCACUCUUUUUCAGUCCCUUCUUAAUAACAGUGAUUGUUAUUUUGACAAGAAUGAAAAUGCCCCGGCGAGACUGCCCAAGCUACUGACUGCUGUCACUGUUUCUAUGUUCUGCUCUAAAUU